AUGCCCACCAAGGGCCGCCCCCCCUGGAGCGUUGGCAGAAAGCUCAUCCGAACGUCCAUCUUCAAAGACGAUGAGAUAUACCUGGACCCCCUCCAAAUUCACAACGAAGAACCGAACAAAACAAAUUACCUCAACAGAGCAUCACCGAACGAGUGCGUGUACACUCGCAGCAACGUAGGAAUGAAUGCCAUCCUCAUAAAUGAAAAAUACAUGACCCUAAAAUGUAUUAACCAGUUGUAUAAGGAGCUACGAAAUGGAGAAAUCAAUUUUACAAAAAGGUUUACCUUUCUAACGUCCAUCAGCAACGAGUCCUUUAGCCACGGGUACAAUUUACUCCACCUGUUGAAGAUCGUGGAGGUGCAUCAAAAAGGGAAAAACAAAAAGCACGCAGAUGUCUUGAAAAAGAUUCUGUGCAACAUUAAUGAGUUAAGUUACCUGACCUUUUCAUAUAGAAAGCCACUCAUCGUCUACUGUAACGGCAGCGUUCGAGGCUCCGGGGGGUUCAUACCCUUCCUGGCCAACAACAGCGCUGCGUAUUUUCACUCCUCAUAUUCCUACACCAAUUUGAGGUACUCCUUUUUGCCGUAUGGCGGCAUCUCCUACGUGCUAGCCAAUUUGAGAGGAUCCAUUGGAUUCUACUUAGCCCUAACAGGGGAGACAAUCAAAUCUGCGGACCUAAUUUGGUGCGGUUUGACGAAGAGGUGGGUAGCAGAAGAGUGUCUAGAACUGAUGGAACUCACAUCAGAAUCGCAACUGGAGGUGUCCGAACAAGAUGCCAACCUCCUCUUGGAAGAGCAUUUUUUGAGAGUCCCCAAAAUGUACUCCUUAAAAAGUUACGAAGAAAUAAUUCACGACCAUUUUAAGUACCCCUCCCUGAUGCAAAUUAUGGCCAAGCUAGAUGCAUCUAGGAAGAGAACCCAUCCCGAUGAACGGGUUCGCCUCUGGGCAGAAAAAACAUACCAACAGAUCUGCUCGCAGCCACCUAUAGCGGCACAUCUAACAUUUGAAAUUAUGAACCUACUUAGAACCCACAAAAUGGAGCUACUCAAAAAAGCCCAAGUGACAAAAAAGCUAUACAAUCAGAUGACACAAAAUAGCUACAAGGUAGUCCCAACGACCAGGGAAGAAGUGAGCUUGGCUGAGCUCAAGUUUGCCAUCGAUUCGGAGCUCCUCGUAAAAGCAUUAAACAUGGAAACGAAUGCCAUCGCGAAUUUCAUUUCCUGUCCAGAUGCUCUCAAUGGGAUCACCUCCUACCUGGUGAAAGACACGGACCACUCCUUCAAAUGCUCCUACCUGAAUAACUCCCUCCUUGAGACCAAAAAGGACAUCAUUCAUUAUUUCCUCUUUUAUAAAAAUGAGUACGAAUUUGCUGUUCGUGAGAGGCCAGACAUAAGCUUCUCCAGCCUGAGUGCCCUCGAUCGGUGCAACCAACCCUGUGGUGCUUACGAUAGGCACUUUUACGCAGAGCAGAGCAAACGAUGGAGUGAUGACUAUCUGGAGGAUCAACUGGACGAGAUUAACAGGCUUGCCCUAUGA